GCGCGGCGGCUGGCACGCAUGCGCAGCUCCACCGGCGGCGGCGGCCGGCGGCCAUGGCGGUGCUUCUGGAGCACGAGAGCCAGAUCUUCCUGGACCUCUUCCACCAGGACGGGCUGGUGGUCUGCGCCCGCGGGCUCGGCAUCGACCGCUUGCUGCUGCGCUUCCUCCGCCUCUACUGCGAGCCUGCCAGCCUGGUGCUGGUGCUGAACACCAGCCCCGCCGAGGAGGAGUAUUUUAUUGAUCAGCUGAGGUCAGAUGGAGUUGUUCAUCUUCCUCGGCGUGUUACCAAUGAAAUUACAAAUAAUACUCGAUAUGAAUUUUACACACAAGGAGGAGUCAUCUUUGCAACAAGUCGAAUCCUUGUGGUAGAUUUCCUUACUGACAGAAUUCCCGCAAACCUCAUUACCGGCAUUUUGGUGUACAAAGCGCACAGAAUCAUUGAGUCUUGUCAGGAAGCAUUUAUCUUGCGACUUUAUCGCCAGAAAAACAAGCAAGGCUUCAUUAAAGCUUUUACAGAUAAUGCGAUUGCAUUUAACACUGGUUUUUGCCACGUGGAAAGAGUGAUGAGAAAUCUUUUCGUCAGGAAGCUUUAUCUGUGGCCAAGAUUUCAUAUAGCAGUGAACUCAUUUUUAGAGAAGCAUAAACCUGAAGUGGUGGAAAUACAUGUGUCAAUGACCCCCGCUAUGCGUGCUAUCCAGACUUCAGUCCUGGACAUUUUGAACGCAUGUCUGAGAGAACUCAAACGUUAUAAUCCAGCUCUUGAAGUAGAAGAUCUAUCUUUAGAAAAUGCUAUUGGUAAACCUUUUGACAAGACAAUACGUCACUAUUUAGAUCCUCUCUGGCAUCAGCUUGGAGCCAAGACAAAAUCUUUGGUCCAGGAUUUGAAGAUACUACGUACUUUGCUACUGUAUCUAACUCAGUAUGAUUGUGUCACUUUCCUUAAUCUUCUAGAGUCACUGAAAGCAAGUGAAAAAGCUUUUGGUGAGAAUUCAGGUUGGCUGUUUCUUGACGCCAGUACUUCCAUGUUUGUAAAUGCUCGAGCUAGAGUUUAUCGCAUUGCAGAUGAGAAACUGAAUCAGAAAGGCAAAGUCUCUGAGAAAAGUGAUGUAAAGAAGGAAAAUGAACUGAAAAGGGAAUUGGUUCUAGAAAGUAACCCAAAAUGGGAAGCUUUGAGAGAAGUACUAAGAGAGAUUGAAAAUGAGAAUAAGAACAGUGAAGACCUUGGUGGUCCAGGGCAAGUGCUUAUUUGUGCCAGUGAUGACCGAGCUUGUGCGCAGCUCAGGGAGUAUAUUAUUGCUGGAGCAGAAGCUUUUUUAACAAGACUGUAUAACAAAACCUUCGGAAAGGAUGAGAAAGCUGAAGAAGUGUGGAUUAAGGACAGAAAAGCUGUCAAGUCCAAAGGAAAUGCCAGACCAGACACAGGGCCUCAAGCCAAAAAAGCCAAACUCACAGCUUCUUCAAAACAAAAUAAACACAAGAAGCAGCAAGACCGGACUAUAAUCGAAAUGAUAGGGAAAACUGAGGAGGAAAAGGGAGAGCAGUUAGAGGUAGAAGACAACAAAGAAUUAAGUAGUAGCCAAGAAAGCAUUAUCGAAGAGACCAUUCCUGAAGAUUUCCAUGUCAGCUUACCCUCAGAUUGUUACUACGGUAUUUUCAAGAACCCGCUCACAAUUAUUCAUCCGUUGCAGGGUUGCAGUGAUCCCUAUGCACUCACUCGGGUACUGCAUGAAGUAGAACCAAGAUACGUUGUAUUAUAUGAUGCAGAACUAACUUUUGUUCGGCAGCUGGAAAUCUACAAGGCAAGCAGGCCUGGGAAGCCUUUGAGAGUUUAUUUUCUUAUAUAUGGAGGCUCAACAGAAGAACAGCGCUAUCUCACAGCUCUGAGAAAAGAAAAGGAGGCCUUUGAAAAACUCAUUCGAGAGAAGGCCAGCAUGGUUAUUCCUGAAGAAAGAGAAGGAAGAGAUGAAACAAACUUAGACCUAGUAAGAGAUGCUAAACCUGCCUCUGCUUCCACUGACACACGCAAAGCAGGUGGACAGGAACAGAAGAGUGUUCAGCAAACUGUAAUAGUGGAUAUGCGGGAAUUUCGUAGUGAGCUUCCAUCGCUGAUUCAUCGUCGUGGGAUUGACAUUGAGCCUGUUACUUUGGAAGUUGGAGAUUAUAUUUUAACUCCUGAUAUCUGUGUAGAGCGGAAAAGUAUCAGUGAUCUGAUUGGUUCCUUAAAUAAUGGAAGACUGUAUACACAAUGCAUUUCUAUGUCCCGUUACUAUAAGCGACCAAUUCUCCUGAUUGAAUUUGAUCCUAACAAAUCUUUCUCCUUGAUUCCACGAGGCUCUCUACAUCAGGAAAUUUCCAGUAAUGAUGUUACUUCUAAACUAACCCUUCUUACACUUCAUUUCCCAAAGUUACGUAUCCUGUGGUGUCCCUCUCCCCAUGCUACUGCUGAACUGUUUGAAGAGUUAAAACAAAACCAUCCCCAACCUGAUGCAGAAACAGCAAUGGCUGUCACAGCAGAUUCUGAAAUUCUUCCUGAGUCAGACAAGUAUAACCCUGGUCCUCAGGACUUUCUAUUAAAAAUGCCAGGUAUUAAUGCAAAAAACUGCCGUGCCUUAAUGAACCACGUUAAAAGCAUUGCAGAGCUAGUGACACUGUCAAAAGACGAACUCUCCAAAAUUUUGGGUAAUGCUGCCAAUGCCACGCAACUCUUUGACUUUAUUCACCUGACCUACAGAGACGCAAUAUCUAAAGGAAAAAGCAAAAGAUGACUAAUGAGAUUGUUCAACAUAGGGCAUAGAUAAGCUUUUUUUGCACAGUACUUUGGCAAAGUACGUGAAAUAUUUUAAUAAAUGCCUUCUAAGAUAACCAGCUGUUUCUUGCUAAUGCUGUUCCAUCAGUUUUAACAUUUGAGUUAGUUAUUAUUGAAGGCAAGUUUCAAUAGGAGUAAGAAAUGCAAAUUAUUUUUAUUCUUCCUAUAGCACUUUAAUCAAUUCUAUAAUAUCACUGAAUGAACUAAAUUAAAUUCUUCACCAAGUCCAUAAGAAUUAAGUGCUAAGACUAAUUGAUAAAGGUGUUUUCUUUUGAAAGUUAUGAUGUCUUGCUAAAGCUAAAAAUGUACUGUGUUUUGAUUAGUAUGUGCGACCUGCUGCAUGAGAUAUCACUUUGCUUUUGCCAUUUUUUUUAAUGUAUUGCUCUCUGGAAACUGCCAAUUUUUGAUUGACAGUGAUGGAGCUGUUUGAAACACAUUGUGGUCUUUUGUCAGGAUUUUGUUUAGGAGAACAUACUUGGACUCAAUCGUGAAUUUCAGAACGUCAUCACAAGCCUUUGUCACAGUAAACUAUAAUUGUGUGAUACGUUCUACAUUAUAUUUGCUUACUUUACUAGAAGUUAUACUUUCUUUUUUGACAUUCCAAAGUCAGUACAGCUCUGUCUUGCUAGAUUUUGCGAAGUGCAUUCCUUUGGUCUAGACUGGAUAGAGAUUCUGUGGUGGCACAAUACAACUUAAUUCUCAGCGUGCCUUACUUAUGCUUUUAAGAUGCUUUAAUUUUUUAAUCCGUUUUGAUAGCUCUUUCACCUCAUUCACUUGAAAGUGAAAAAUCUAGUUAUACCAUUUGGACUAUUCCUUUAUACCAGAGCAUAUUUCCUCUCAUAAAAUGCAAUAGUUUUCUAAGUAAGGUUUUCCAAAAGUGUUGACAGUUCUUCCAAUAUUGUCUUCUUUCUGUGUCCUAUUGCACUUGUAUUUUAAUGUCUUAAAUAGACCAUCUGUCAAUAAAUUCAGUAAAGCUAUUGUCACCUGGAAGAUAAAACUUUUAACAUUCUGUGUAGCAUAAAACAGGAAAAAGUUGUUAUUCUUUUGAUAGUUUGUGAAUGUGUAUAUUGUUAAAAACAUAUUCUGCACUGAACUUUGAUAUGAGAACUAUGUGACAAACUGCCAUUGCCAAAAGGGUUGGUCCUGUGUCAUUACAUGCUAAUGUAUUUACAUUAGCUAUUUACAAAAUCUUUAUCUAUAAUGACUUGCACAUAUAUAUUUAUAUGAUUCUAAUGCUAACAACAGAUCAACGUAAUCUCCAUCAUUAAAGGAGAAAAUAUUGAUUUUCUAUAUUCAGGUUCAGUAAAAACUGUACUGUGCACUUUCAGGUCUAAUGUUUACUGUGCAUUUUAAGUGUGAAUUAUGAAUUUGUUAACUUACAGUCUAGCACUGAGCUGUGACAGUUCAAAGUGAACAUUUUUAUGCAGAUGAAAAUUGCAGUAUUAAAUACAUCCAUAAUAUGAUUAAAAUUUGUUAAUUAUCUUGUUUCUCAUUGGGCUGUAUUGAUAUCAGAACAUUUUUAUUUUUAGUGUGUGGUUUAUAAUCCAGAUCUUAGGGUUUCUAUUGCCCUAUAUUCUAAUUUAUUUCAUUUAGUAUAAAAAGAAGUCUUUCCAUGAGACUUUUGCUUAUUCAAAGCAAUGAGGUCAGAAAUGUUUAGUGUUGAGAAUGCCUGUAAAGUGGUGCUAAGAAACAGAAAAUCAGAGUAAGAACAUAAGUGUCCUGCAUACAUGGCCUAUAGAGCCUGAUUCAGAAAAGGAGAGCUGAACAACCUUUGAAAACAUGUAUUGUUCAUGCAUUUGCAUCAUUAAGAUGUUCAAUGAACUGUAGGUUUGGGGUUUUUUCAGAUGUACUGCAUCUUGGCUUUGUCAGUGGCUUUUUUUUUUUUUUGCUUAGAUUUGUAUAACGUGAAAAUGAAGGGUAUAUGAAGAGGUUAUAAAGUUGUAGCUUUGUGUUGUACACUAGAUCAAAGUCACAUAAUGCAAUUAAUAUUUGCUAAAUACUUAGAUUAAAUUGCCUUUUGUUUAUAUAUAUGUGGAAUGUUUGUAAGGUUUUUUUGAUUAUUUGUUUUUUUUCAAUGCAGGAUUUGGCUUUUUCUUUAAAACAACCACAAGUAAUAUUGUUAUAUGUUAUUACUGCUUAUUUGUGUUUUGGCAUUUUACUGUAUUUGGUUAGGUUGCAAGUUAGUGGUGUGUCCUUCUGGGGCAGUAGGUACAAAUUGUGAACAAAGGUGGAAGAGGUCUUGUCUCCUGAAACCACUUAUCCUGAAAUAACCAAGCCAAAGAGUCUACCUCUAUGCAGAUGCAACAAAAUGUUUUGAGUGAAUGAUGAAAAUCCUUAGGUUGCAUUCCCUGACCUUAUAGUGCUAUUAUCAACAGUGAUGAAAUUUUGUAUAUCUUGUCAUUGCUUGAUGUUUUAAGUUUGUGGGGUUUUUAUUAAAAAAAAAAAAAAAAAACAAAAAAAACCAGCCUUCAGUUUGGGAGUGUCUCAGACUUUCUUAUACCCAAACCAAGACUACACAUUUCAAAGUCACUUGAAUAUGUGAAACCAGUGGGGUUUAUAUGCUAUUGGGAAGUAAGCUUGUUUCUGCAGUUCAUCCUAGGCUUUGAUUGCACAAGGUUUCUUCUAGAAAAACAGUAAAACCAAAAUCUCUUAGGAACAAAUGCAGCUUAUAUUACCAAAUAUAUUUUGCACAGGAUAGAUUAUGUUGUAGUUCCUAAGUUUUAAGUUGUCUGGAUACCAUUCCUGCUAGUGGUGACACUUGCAGUUUCUAGCUACAAUUGCAAAGGAGUCAUUUUGCUUGCCAUGUUGCCUAUGUGCACUCCCUAACCAAAACAAACUUUACCUUCAGAAUUACUUUUUCUGCAUGAACUUAUAUAUUAAGGAUUUUCUAGUACCAGCUGUAUUGAUCAUUUUCAAAUUUAUGCUUGCAAAACUUAAAUGUAAACCAGCUGAACAGAAAUCCACACUGCUUAUAAAAUAUGCAGCUGUACUCUAAAAAAAGUGACUCUUAAAAAGUACAAAAGUUUAAAUGUAAGCAUUUUGUGAUUGUGAGGCUUUCUCAUCUGCAGAGUGGUAGUACAACCACAAGUAACUUAAUUUUUAAAAAUAAAAACAGUUGUCUCUAAAGCUUUCCUUAGUCAUCCAGAAUUCCAGUUCUAUGACUGUAGAAGAGAAUCCAAAAGCAAACAUUUGCCAAACAAGUUAUUAAAUGAAUACAUUAUUUAAAUGCCAAACAGCAUAAAGAAAUGUAACUGAGGGUUGUUAAAGGAACUUGUCAUGUGUGGGCUCACCAAUUGACAAUUUUUAUUUCAGGCUCCAUAAGCUAGAUGCCAGCAAGGUUUACAAUCCUUUUAUAAGGACUAUUUUAGGAUAAAGUUCUCCUUAGCUCUUACUCAAAGAUAGCCUGAAUUAAAUUAAUAUUCAGUCGAUCUGUUUCCUACAAUAUGUGGUUUUAAGAAAUGCAAGUAGGGUCAUAAACCAAAAAGUUCAGAAACUAUUGCUCCAGGAUUUUGUAAUACUUUGUAAUUAUAACUUAUUUCACAUAUUCACUCUUUCUUGACGUAAUAGCAAGAAUUUUGGACAUUUGCAGAAUCAACUCUAAGCAUAAACCCUUCUAUGUUUUUCAUAUGAAGUCUUUAAUAUGUACUUAACUGUGAGCUACCUUCUUGCAUUGAAAAUACACUCACUGGCAAUAUAUGCACUAAUUUCUCUUAAUUUGCAAUUGCAUACACUUUUUUCCCAAAGUUUUCCUUUUUUUUUUUUUUUGUAUAGUCAUCCUUUCCAAAACUUCCUCUCUCAACUAAUAUUCCUAAUAUCCUGUUCCACAGUUGGCUAGCAACUAGUCAAGAAUAAGACAUAACUGAUACAUGUCUUUGUCAAUAAUAUUUCUCACUUCUUUUUUUUAUUUCCACUUUAUUCCAAGUUCAGAUUCAAACCAGGAGAAAUAAUACCUCUCAUCUACAAGAUGAUGGGGAAGAGUUAAACACCAAGAAUCUUCCUUGAUGUUUAUCAGUUAAAAAUGACUUAACUGUGAUAACAGCAAGUUUGGUGAGGCUAGUAAUGUGUAAUUGUUGGGUACGUCUCUUGUAAUCUGGAGUUGCUUUUGUCUGUUUAUUUUUAAAUCAAAAUUCAAGCUCUAACAUGUAUGAAUUUGAAAGGUUGAAUGAUUCGUGAUACAGAAUGAUGGCAAAGAGUAUUUGGUAAAAGAAAGGGUACCUUUAAACCUUCCCAUCCUGCCCCCCCCAGCCACUAAAAAUGGGAUCGGACAGAGUCACUGUGAAAUUUGACCCAGAAUGUAGUUGAGAGGUAAUUCAGUGCUACUGUCCUCUCUUUGGCUUCAGUUGAUGAAACACUGACAUUUGAAAUUGUUCAUUUCUCAGCUUUAGCUUCUCUUAAUACUCUUUAAGGGAACCAGUAUCAUAAUGACUGAAUAAAAACACUUAGCUUUUUUCCCUACUGACUUGAUGGAGCUAACUAAAUAAGAGGGAACUAAGAGGAUCCUGUAGAAGACAAACACUUUAGCACUAUUACCUCCCCUUGUACUUUAUUCUUGGAAUCAGCCAGUAGGUUGUGGGGAAAAAAAAAGUAAUUUACUCUAUUGUAAAAGGCCAGAGAGAAUGUGCAUGACUGACUAAAUGUUUCGAUAAAGUUGUACAAGGAAAUAUUAAAAUGUUUUAAAGCUUCA